GGAAGUCGUCUAUGGCAGGAACUUUACCACCGUGUGACCCUAGGCGGUAAGCAUGGCUCUGCGAUCGCUGCCAGUGGGGCUCCCUUCCCUCUCAUCUGGCUUCUCUCCUCUCUGUUUCGUUGCUUAUAUUGUGCACACACUAUCUCAACAUUCCCGCAGCGUUGGUAUUGACUAGCACCUUAUCCCUUCAAUCUGAGCUUGGCUGCCAGUCAUUGUUCUGGGACGGAUGUCGCCACCAAUGCUCUCUACCACCGGCGAAUGGACCAAUGACCGGUGGCCUUACCUGCCGAUGUACCAACUCCGAAACCAGAUCCAUCUACGCGUCUCCCUUGAUGGCACAAGCCCACAAAACCCGUUGCUCGUCUAUUUCAUCACAGGUAACCCAGGUGUAAUCCAGUACUACGGCAGCUUCAUGAUGCACCUCAAGGAUCAGCUUGCCACCCGGCAGCCCGGCCUGAAGAAGAAUCUCAUCGUCCACGGCGCAAGUCUCGAUGGCUUCCAAAGCCGGCCAAAGACUGCCAGAUGGCGGCCCUAUGACUUGCGCGAGCAGAUUGCGGGCAUUCGGUGGCAGCUGGCCCUGGCAGUCGGCACCAGCAAAGGUCAACAUCCCGACCCUAUGCCGGUCAUUCUUGUGGGACACUCUAUCGGAGCGUACAUGCUUAUCGAGGCUAUUGCUCGUGAGCGUGAGCGUGCCACCAGAGAUAGCUUUCCAGACCAGAAGCCAAUUUUCAAUAUUAUUGGCGGCAUCUGCCUGUUUCCUACCAUCACCGAUCUUGGGUCGAGCGGGAAUGGGGUGGGUUUGUGGUACCUGUCGUGGUUGCUUGCGGUACCUGGCUUUCUACUCAUAUUCCAGGUCUUCGUCCGCUUGCUUACUGGGUGGAUGCCUUACUUAUUCUUGGACGGUAUUGUUUCCUUCUUCACCGGCUACAAAGCGGAUGCAGCACGUACGACUUCAAUGUUCCUCAAGAGUCGACAAGGUGUUCGUCAAGCGCUCUAUCUCGCCAGAUGCGAGCUCAAUACGCUAAAGGCCAACCAUGAGCCUUGGACGGACGCUCUCUGGGGCACCCAGCAGCCCGAGAUCAACCUUGCCGAAACUGCCCUUGAAAUUGCCGCUGGAGGCGAUUGUGGGGUGAGCGACAUCACUAACCUGUCUACCGCUGAGCGGAAAGACUCCACACAGCGAUCCGAUUCAUCGGCUUCCUCAUCGAGCAGUAACCGCAAGGUCUGUCAGCUCUCCGUCGGCGGCUUUUCCGGCUCAUCCUCGGCGAAUGUCUCACCUACUUCACCAGCUAGGCGGAAAGACUCCGCUCCGUCGCCGCUGAGGCAAGCCAUGCAUCCAGAUCCGGAGAACGAUGUGGUCGAAGGUGGAGCACAAGCAGAUGCGGAAGAUAGCAGCGAGUCGUCCGAGGAGGAUCUCAUGGAUUGCCGCCGCCGCAGCAUCUCGUGGAGCGCUGACAUUAAGGAGAGCAAGUACAUUGCAAAGAGAUCCAAAUCCUUACCUCAAGCCGCAACCGCGAAGUCCGCUGCUACCUGUCCCGCAAUCUCUGCUCCCGUGCGAGAACAGCCAGGCCCACCCCUGUACUUCUACUGGGGCCGCAAAGAUCACUGGGUGGCGGACGAGACCCGGGACCGCAUAAUCCGCAAACGAGCAAUGAAUGGCAUUCCCACCGUCGUCCGCCGAGGCAGCAAUGGUAAGGAGGCUAUCACUGGCGUCGGUGACAGUCGCGGCACGGCGGUCAUGGAGAUUGAUAGUUAUGGCAUCCCGCAUGACUUUCCGGUAAGAGAAAAUGAUAGCAAGAGAGUGGCGGAGAAGGUCGCAGCGUGGGUUGAGGAAAUUGUCGAGCGCCAGGCACCGUAGCAGGAGCACUGGGACUUUGGGACGGGGGCUUGUAAGGAGAAGACGUUUGAGGGCGUGUAAUGGGCGUGU